AGUAAAUCAGUCAAUUAAAAACAGUACUCCCGCCAGCUUCUUCUGUACGCCAAUAGAUCAUGUCGUCCGUAUGCUUUUUUCUCUUAUCUCAACACAAGCAAGCAAACAGGCUAGGGUUUUGACCCCUCCAAUUGCCAUGGACCACGAGGCUUCCAACGAAACAAGGUGGGAGACCGACGACGCUGGCUAGGUUUUCUACCAUGCCUGGUGGAUUUUGGUGGCUGUGAGCAGAGGGCAGUGGAACCAAAAUUGCAGCUAUAAUACAUAGAUUGGUGUAAUAGAUCUAUCAAAGUCGCUGCUCCAACGCUCCUUCCAUUGGAACUAGGAAGAGGAUUUCCGGUCAAGGAGAAGUUAAAGGGCUGUUCUCGGAGUUCUUAAUAGGCCGAACAAUGGAAUCUCUGCUGACCAAUUGACCAGUGAGCACAAUGCCUGUUCUCCCGUUGUUAGGGAAGAGCUCAGAUCUCGCCAUCCCGGAGAUGAAAAAAUUGUCGUCUUCAAAGACCAAGCUUGGCGUGUUAUAGGAAUCAUUCAGCCAAGCUUCGUUUCUUCUUCCCCCGUCGCCGCCACUCAUUCCCUGCGAUUCCCCAUUCCCGGUAGCUGCAACUCCAUCCGCCGCAGAAACACUGCCGAUAGGUGCUUUGUUGGAUUCCAGUUGUGGUUCAAAUGAAGCCACAGAGAAAUCAUGUCAAGAGCAAACUCUUCCUAUUUUUCAGAAAAUUGAAGAUCUGGCUGCUAAAGUGCAUGAUUUGAGAAGAAAACAUGCGGCUCUGAGUGAUGAGGUGAAGAGUAUCACUCCAGAUUCUUUCCCUGGUUCUGAAGCUAUCUGCUCUCUUCGGGAUCUCGGUAUGCAACAUGAACUCCUUAAAAGGAAAUUCGAAGAAGAGCAUGACCUUCUGAAGAAAAGAUAUCUUGAUGAGUGCACUGAGAAAAAACGUCUCUACAAUGAAGUGAUUGAGUUGAAAGGCAAUAUACGAGUUUUCUGUAGAUACAGACCACUAAAUCCUGAUGAAGUUGCAAAUGGUUCAUCAUCUGUGGUUGACUUUGAUUUGUCUCAUGAAAAUGAGAUACAAAUUGUCUCCUCUGAUUCUUCUAGGAAACAGUUUAGGUUUGAUCAUGUUUUCAAACCAGAUGAUGGCCAAGGUAACUAUGAUCUUAGCGGGCACAUUCUGGUUUAACUGUG